UGGGGCCAGCCAUCUUCAGAUCGGAAGGCGCUCGCGCUCCACGGGUACCUCGACAAUUCAGGGUCCUUCGAUCUGCUGGGCCCUGCUCUCGCCAAGGCAUGAAGGCUUCGAGGUGGUGGCGAUCGAUUUUCCAGGUCACGGUCGAUCGGACCACAUGAGCAAGGACGCCUGGUACCCGGUCCUGGACUACCCUGAGUAUGUCAUCGAGGCCGCGAGAUCUUUGGGGUGGGAAAAGUUUUCCAUGGUGGGGCACUCGAUGGGGGGAGCGGUGGCGUCGCUGGUAGCGGCGAGCUUUCCCGAGAUGGUGGAGCGGUGCGUCUUUCUCGACAUCCUCGGCCCGUUCGCCUCCAGAACCGGGACAUCCCCCAAGCUUCUGCGCGCGAGCGUCGCUUCCCGGAGGGCGCUGGUCGACAAGGAGCCCAAGGUGUACAAGUCCUUCGACGAGGCGGUCCGAACCAGGCUCAAGGCUGUGACCAUGUGGGGAGAGGGGCAGACAAUGAGCUGGAAUGGCGCGGUCCGUUUGGUGGCGGGAGCGACGAAACCGGGGGAAGGGGGCGACCAGGUCCAGUUCACGAACGAUGUCAGGUUACGAAGCUCGUCGCCCAGCCACCUGACGGAGGAGUCGGUGCUGAUGUACCUUAAGGCGAUCGAGAGCGAGUGCUUGAUGAUCAGGGGCGAGACGGGAAUGCUGGCCAACGCCGACGGCGUGGCGGAGUUCGUGGCGAGAAAGGAGGCCUGUGGGGAGCGCUUGCGGGACCUCGUGCUUCCCGGAAGUCAUCACUUGCACUUGGACGACGAGACUGCGCCCUUGGUUGCUUCGCACACGGCGGCGUUCCUUCACGGGCGAGAAGGUUCCCAAGAAGGUUCCCGCACUCAUCCCAGAUUAUGAAAAGAAAAUCGCUCGGGUGGCAAGAUCGUCGGGGGGCGGGGGGUACUCAUACUCAUACUCA